GGAUGUUUAUUACUAAUGAGGCCCGCGGCACGUCUCGUCCCCAGCCUCGCAGCGCCCUUGGCCUCCCAGCCCAGGGGACCCGAGGCGUGGGAGUCCCGGCCCCGCGCGGCUCCCUCCGGCGCCCAGCGCCCUCCUUCCUUCCUAGCCCGGACGGACGCACUUCCGGCGGAUGUGGGGGGGCACACCGGAAACGGAAGUGAGUGGCGAGGCUGGCUGACGGGAACGGGGCUCUAAGACUCCUCGCAGAGCGAUUUGAAGAUGAAUGCCAGAGGACUUGGAUCUCAGCUAAAGGACAGCAUUCCAGUUACUGAACUUUCAGCAAGUGGACCUUUUGAAAAUCAUGAUCUUCUUCGAAAAGGUUUUUCUUGUGUCAAAAAUGAACUUUUGCCCAGUCAUCCUCUUGAAUUAUCAGAAAAAAAUUUUCAGCUCAACCAAGAUAAGAUGAAUUUUUCCACACUGAGAAACAUUCAGGGACUGUUUGCUCCACUAAAAUUGCAAAUGGAGUUUAAGGCAGUGCAGCAGGUUCAGCGUCUUCCUUUUCUUCCAAGCUCAAACCUUUCCUUGGAUAUUUUGAGGGGUAGUGAUGAGACUAUUGGAUUUGAAGAUAUACUUAAUGAUCCAUCACAGAGUGAACUCAUGGGGGAGCCACACUUGAUGGUGGAACAUAAGCUUGGUUUGCUGUAAUUCAGUGUGCCGCUGUGGAGGAAAAUAUAGAGGGCCUGCUUGUUGUCGAUUGUCAUCUUUUUACUGUAAUUUGAUGUG